AUGAGUAGUGCAGAGAUUAAUGGAAUUUAAGAAAAUAGCUUAGAAAGAGAAGAUUUAGGAAAUAUAAGAAGUAGAAGAACUUGUAUUAGCUAAAAUUAAAUUUCGAACGAUGAUAUAUUUAAAGAAGAUGAAUAGUUGCAUAGUUAAAAGCAUCUAGAAAAUACUUCAAAUCAGAUAGAUGAUAGUAUCAUAGAAUAAUAUGAACAUAUCAUAUAUGAGCUUACUUUAAAGCUAAAGGAAUUAUAGGAUUAUUUAGCUUAAGAGGAUGAAAGAAAUGAAAUUUACUAGGAAUAUGCAAUUAAUUCAAUUAAAGAAGCACAUACCUGCCCAUUUAAUUGCUUUAAAGGAUAAGAAAUUAAAAGCGUUGACUGCAUGUUUUAGAUACGAGAAGGAAGUAGCACUAAUACUAGUAAAGAUUUUUUAGAAGUUUAAAUAAGAGAUAAAAACCUAAGCACUCCUGGGAAUAUCAAUUUUGUCCAAGAUAAGUAAAAAAAGGCCAAUCUCUUUUUAUAAAAGAAAUUAGAAAAUGCAGGGAAAGAGAUUGAGAAAACGAAAUAAUCGUAUUAAAAUAAACUAGAUAACCUUUAAUAAACCUAUGACUAGUUGCUUUUGUAAGUAAAUUGUAGGUAAGAUAAAGAAGAUUUAUAAAGUGGAUAAAAAGAGGAGUUAUCAAUAAAAUUACUUGAAAUCGAAGAAUAAAAUAAAUUACUAAAGUAAAAUUACUGCAAAAUAUAAGAAUUUGUAAAAGAAAAAUUCAAUGUAGAGUUAAGCGAAGAAAUGGAUGACUUUGAAUCUGAUAAGUUAUCUAAUUAGAUUGAAGAAUGGGAAAAUCUUCUAACCAAAAAUAAAAAUGAUUACUUCAAGAUAGAAAGCGAAUUAGAUUUACUAAAAAAAGAUUUACAAGUAAAAUAAAAAUCUUUAAAUUAAAGAGAAAGUGAGCAUGAUGCGUUGAUUUAGAAAAUAGCCCAAACUGAAAUAAUGCUAAAUGAGUACAAGUAAGAAAGAAACCACUUGAGUGAAAAGUUGUAGUAUGAAGCGUAGAAAAUUAGUGAAAUAAAUUAGUGUUAUAAAAAUGAUAUUCAAGAAAUAUUAUAGCUAUUAGAAGGGGGAGAGAAAAAUGAAAGUAGUGAUAUAUAAGAAUUAAAAGAUAACAUCAUCUAUCAAAUUAGGGUUAUUUAGAGAGACGUCAAAAAGAUGGAUAUCCAUAAAAAGAGUAUAGAGAAAUUAGAUGAAGAGAAUUUCUAGAUGAAAUUAGAAAUAUAAAAAACCAAUUCACUAAGCAACAAUCUUGAAAAAAUAAGAAACGAUUACGAUUAAUUGAAUUAUAAAUACCUUCAAGCUUAAGAGAAGAUAAUGAUCCUAGAAUAAGAAAAUUAGAGGAUGAUUAGAGAAAAAUAGACAUCUGAUGAAAUUCAAGUUGAAAAUUUAAAAUCUUUGAAUUAAAAAUUAACUUAAGAGUUAGCUUCUUUGCAUCAAACAAGAUCAAGAGAAAACAGUGACUUACAAGAGAAAAUAGAGAUGUUAAAUAGCAAGAUUUAAAAUAUUAAAAAGGAGAAUAAGGAUUUAAAAGAACUUAUAAGGAGCAGAAACAACACAUAGGAAAAUUGCUAAGAAGAAAAAUAUAAUUAAGAAAUAUAAGACUAAUAAUUAGCACAGAGACUAGAUACAAUUGAAGAAGUAAGAAAGGGAGAAAGCUUAGAUUCUGAUAAUAGAAGUUCAUUUAUUCUUUCUUUGGAAGAUAAAAAGUUAGAUAUAGGUGAUGAUCCUAACAGUAUACAUUCUGUAAACUCAGAAAGCGAUUCUCUUACUGACAUAAAUUGUGUAGAAGAAGAUCAUAAAUAUAUAUUUUCUCUAAAUAAUUUAAAAUAAAUAAAAAAAGCUUUUUUACAGAUUUACAAAAAAAUAAAAGAAGAUAAAGUAUAUGCUGAAUAAACUGCUAUAGACACUAAAGUAUAGCUAGCUGAAAUGACAAUGAAUAAAGACUACUUUGAACAUAAUUUUAUCAAAUUGCUUAAGAAAAUAAAAUGA